UCACCAAUUCCUCAUAACAAACUUAAUCAAGGAUAUGGCGAAACUGAUUUUUCUAAUAUUGAUGGUUAUUUCCUCCUUGUCCAUACCCAUAUAUGCUACGAAAACCGAGGAAUCAUGGUUCCAAAUCAUCUCCAACCAUGGAAAUGAAAAGACAGCCAAGCUUCAUUUCUAUCUUCAAAAUUUAGUAGGUGGUGAAAACAAGACAGUGUACGAGGUAGUUCGUGGUUCUAUCACUUCUAAUUCUUUGUUUUCGUUCGGUUCAAUUGUUGUCCUCGACAACCUAAUCACCGUUGAGCCCGAUAUGAAGUCAGAGCCGAUUGGCAGAUUGCAGGGGGUUGCCACUUCUGCUGACCUGAAAACAACAGCCGUAGACUUAAAUGCUUACUUCUACUUCACGUCGGGCGGCGUCAAUGGAAGCACGAUCAGUAUUUCGGGAAGGAAUCCAGUAGUCAAGAACGGAGAAAUUGAGUUGCCGAUAGUUGGUGGCACCGGGAUGUUCCGUUUUGCACGAGGAUAUGCUAUCAAGAAUUACACAAGUAUUGUUGAGAAUGAAUAUCUUCUUGUCGAAUGCACCAUCUAUAUGACUUACAUGGAUAAUUAAACAUAUGGAAGCUUCUCAAGAUAAUAACCAUGCAUGCACACCUGCACAAUCUAGCUACCUAUACGGAUAUUUCAAUCAACUGCUUCAGCUCUGUUGUAGUAGUUCAUUUUCCAUGUCCAAUGUAUGUAUAUGAAAUAAUUGAAGGUUGAUUAGUGGUCAA